GGGUCCAUCUCCAGAGCUUGAUGUGAACUCCUAGCUGCUCCAUAAAAAGACUCAGCCAUGGCAGGCAAAGGCAAGAAGGGCGGCAAAGGCAAAAAGGGCGACAAAGGCAAAAAGGAUGGCAAAGGUAAAAUCUCCAAGAGGGUCCCAAAGAAGGAAGUGAUAGGAGCGGAUCUCUUCAGCCCCGCUGCCAUGCUCAACGCUUACUACAUCUGUCACAACGCCGCUGCCUUCCUGGAGUUCCGGGGCCACCCCUGGCCUGGCUCUCUCAAAAAGAAGAGGAAGAAAAGGAAGUGAGAACCAAACUCCCUGAUGAAGACUCUGCUGUGAUUAAACCCGCCCUGGCCUCGGCAGUGCCCAGCUCAAA